UCCGGAGCGGGUAGUAGCGGCUUUGGCAGUGGCAGUGGACUCGCUGCAGUUUGCCCAAGCCAUGCCGGCGGCGCGCGUGGAGUACAUCGCGCCCUGGUGGGUCGUGUGGCUGCACAGCGUCCCGCACCUCGGCCUGCGCCUGCAGCGGGUGGACAGCACCUUCAGCCCCGGCAACGAGACUUACCAGGAGUCGCUGCUCUUCCUGGGGGUGUUGGCUGCCAUUGGCCUGGGCCUGAACCUCAUCUUCCUCGCCGUUUACCUGGUGUGCACAUGCUGCUGCCGGCGGGACCACACGGUGCAGAGCAAGCAGCCCAACUCAUGCUGCGUCACCUGGACAGCGGUGGUGGCUGGGCUCCUCUGCUGUGCUGCGGUGGGUGUUGGUUUCUAUGGAAACAGCGAGACCAACGAUGGGGUGCACCAGCUACUCUACUCCCUGGACAAUGCGAACCACACCUUCUCUGGAAUUGAUGAGCUGGUAUCCGGAAACACCCAGAAGAUGAAGGUAGACUUAGAGCAGCACCUGGCCCGGCUCAGCGAGAUCUUGGCUGCUAGGGGUGACUACAUCCAGACCCUGAAGUUGAUGCAGCAGAUGGCAGGCAACGUUGUCAAGCAGCUCUCGGGGCUGCCCAUGUGGAGGGAGGUCACCACGCAGCUGACUGAGCUGUCCCACCAGACUGCCUAUAUAGAACACUACAGGUGGCUCUCCUACCUCCUACUUUUUAUCCUGGACCUGGUCAUCUGCCUUGUCACCUGCCUGGGACUGGCCAGGCGCUCCAAGUGUCUCCUAGCUUCCAUGCUGUGCUGUGGAGUACUGGCCCUGAUCCUCAGCUGGGCUUCUCUGGCUGCUGCCACCGCUGCAGCAGUGGGCACCAGUGACUUCUGCAUGGCUCCUGACGUCUACAUCCUGAACAACACACAGAGCCAAGUUGGCUCAGAGGUGACCCGCUACUACCUGCACUGCAGUCAGAGCCUGAGCAGCCCCUUCCAGCAGUUAUUGACCAUCUUCCAGCGCUCACUGACCACCAUGCAGAUGCAAGUUGUAGGCCUGCUGCAGUUUGCCGUGCCCCUCUUCCCUACAGCAGAGAAAGACCUCCUUGGCAUCCAGCUUCUGCUAAACUCCUCUGAGACCAGCCUGCACCAGUUAACUGCCAUGCUGGAUUGCCGGGGACUGCACAAGGACUACCUGGACGCCCUCACUGGCAUCUGCUAUGACGGCAUUGAAGGCCUGCUCUUCCUAGGUCUCUUCUCCCUCCUGGCUGCCCUGGCUUUCUCUACCCUGACUUGUGCAGGGCCUCGGGCCUGGAAACACUUCAUCAACAGGGACAGAGACUACGAUGACAUCGAUGAUGAUGACCCUUUCAACCCCCAAGCUCGACGCAUCGCAGCCCACAACCCAACAAGGGGGCAACUGCACAGUUUCUGCAGCUACAGCAGCGGCCUCGGCAGCCAAUGCAGCCUUCAGCCUCCGGCCCAGACCAUCUCCAAUGCCCCUGUCUCCGAGUACAUGAACCAGGCCAUACUCUUUGGUGGGAACCCACGAUACGAGAAUGUGCCACUCAUCGGGAGAGGUUCCCCUCCACCCACAUACUCUCCCAGCAUGAGGGCCACCUAUAUGUCCGUGGCAGAUGAGCACCUGAGACACUACGAGUUCCCAUCCUAGGUACCUGCCUCCUCCUGCCAGCUUGGUUUUCAGCGGAUGCAGAGCCCAGCUGUGUUGUCUGUAAUAGAAACAGAAGAAACCUCGACACGAGCAGGCUCCUGUGGCUGCAGAGACACAGCUGGGACUCCUGACCAAAGCCUCAGGUG